CUUCUUGAUCUCUUCUACUCUCACCCUCUCUCUACUGCCAUGUCACUCCUCAGAUCAUCCCUCCGCGCUUCCUCGCGCAUCGCCUCCCGCGCCUCCACCCGCUCCCCCCUCGCCCUCCGCUCUGCCCUCUCCGUCCGUCGGUUCGCGACUGAGCCCCCCAAAGCCGCAGAGCCCGCUCCCGAGCCCACCCCCAAACCCGAGCCUCCUUCCUCGGGUUCCAGCGGCAUCAUCUUCGCCGCCCUCGCUGCUGCCCUCGCCGCCGGUGGUUACUACUACUACUCCACCACCUCUGAUGCCUCGGCCACCAAGGGCCCCUUUGUCCCCACUUACGAAGACUACAGGAAGGUCUACGCUGACAUCGCCGACGCCCUCGAGGACAACGACUACGACGACGGUUCCUUCGGCCCUGUCCUCAUCCGUCUCGCCUGGCACGCUUCCGGCACUUAUGAUGUCAACACCAAGACCGGUGGCUCCAACGGUGCUACUAUGAGAUUCGACCCUGAAGCCUCGCAUGGUGCCAACGCUGGUCUCAAAGCUGCCCGUGACCGUCUCGAGCCCAUCCACGCCAAGUACCCCUGGAUCUCCUACGGUGACCUCUGGACCCUCGGCGGCGUCUGCGCCGUCCAGGAGAUGGGUGGUCCCACCAUUCCCUGGCGUCCGGGUCGUGAGGAUGCUGAUGCCGCCGCCUGCACUCCCGAUGGACGAUUGCCCGAUGCCGCUCAGGGAUCUGACCACAUCCGCAACAUCUUCUACCGCAUGGGCUUCAACGAUCAGGAGAUUGUUGCCCUUGUUGGUGCCCACGCUCUCGGCCGCUGCCACACCGACCGAUCUGGAUUCGACGGCCCCUGGACUUUUGCUCCCACUUACAUGACCAACGACUUCUACAAGCUCCUGCUUGACGAGAAGUGGCACUGGAGAAAAUGGAACGGACCUAAGCAGUACGAGGAUGACAAGACCAAGAGCUUGAUGAUGCUUCCUGCUGAUAUGGCGCUUGUCAAGGACAAGAGCUUUAAGAAGUACGUCGAGAAGUACGCUAAGGACAACGAUGCCUUCUUUGCCGACUUUAGCAAGGCUUUCGCAACCCUUCUCGAGCUCGGUGUUCCUUUCAAGACCGAGGAGAAGUGGUCUUUCCCGGCCUCUAGCGCUUAAGCUAGAUAUUAUAUUGAUACAAUAAUAGAAUUUAUUACUAUAU